GAAAACCUAACUUGGUGCACAGCCAUCAACACAGCCAAGGACUGAAGACAUUCAACUGGGAAAAAUUAUCUGUGCAUAAUGGCCCUGGACAAAAUGAAAGAUUUGAGUUUGACACCUGCAAUGAUCCGAAUUGACUUAGGUGAAGUGGAAGGUGUUCCCAUGUUAACACCAACGUGCAGCAUAUGGGACAAAAUAUGGAAGUUCAAAGCCAGACCUGAUGAUCUGCUCAUUGCAACCUAUUCAAAAGCAGGUACUACAUGGACACAGGAAAUAGUGGAUAUGAUUCAACAAAAUGGAGAUGUUGAGAAGUGUAGACGUGACACUACUUACAAACGCCAUCCUUUCCUCGAGUGGUUUCUCCCAGCGUCUCCACCUUUGAGUUACUCAGGUCUGGAGUUAGCUGAAGCUAUGCCUUCUCCACGGACAAUAAAAACUCAUCUCCCUGUGCAGUUGGUGCCUCCCUCCUUCUGGGAACAGAACUGUAAGAUAAUCUAUGUGGCGAGAAAUGCAAAAGACAACCUGGUGUCAUACUACCAUUUCCACAGAAUGAAUAAAGGACUACCUGACCCAGGAACCUUGGAGGAGUUCAUAGAGAAAUUCAUGACUGGAAAAGUUCUCUGGGGUUCCUGGUAUGACCAUGUAAAAGGAUGGUGGAAAGCAAAAGAUAAGCACCGUAUUCUCUACCUCUUCUAUGAAGAUAUGAAGGAGAAUCCAAAGCGAGAAAUUCAGAAGAUUCUGAAAUUCCUGGAGAAGGACCUGAGUCAAGAGGUUCUAAACAGGAUCAUCUACAACACAUCAUUUGAGAUAAUGAAGGAAAACCCCAUGGCAAACUACACUAAAGAUUUUCCGGGACUAAUGGAUCACUCUAUUUCCCCAUUCAUGAGAAAAGGGCUUGUUGGGGACUGGAAGAAUUAUUUCACUGUGGCACAGAAUAAGAAAUUUGAUGAAGAUUAUAAGAAGAAAAUGGCUGACACUUCUCUUGUUUUUCGCACGGAAUUAUGAUUAUUAGCAAUAGAAAUUAUUCUCUAUGAUCUUCAGCCUUUUCCAUUUUAUGUAUUUUGCUUUUCCUUCACCAGAUACCUGUGUCACUACAAUUUCAAUGUCUCUUUUUCACAUACCACUGAUUUUUAUUAUCAUGAGAAUGCCCAAAUUAUGCAGAAGUUUAGGUUGGUCUCCCUGAAGAAAACAAUUCUAUUCUCAAAAAAAUCUCAUUCAUUCCUCCCACAGUAACUUUCAGCAUUACCAAAAACAUUUCAGACAUGCUUUGAAUUUUUAUUUUUGUAAAACUGCAGUUGAUAUUGUUGGCACUUUCAAAUAAACCACUUACAGAAAUUAGGAAUAAACAGGGAAAAGGAUGUCAAAAGAGUGCAAUAG